AUGGAAGGAUGCAGACAAGCAACCCCCUCCAACUUAUUCUUCAACUCCUCCUCCAUUCACCACCCUGUAUCCAGCUUUAUCAGUAACCCAAGCGCACACAGGGCUCAUCAAUUUCCCGUUGAUAUGAAGAACAAGAAGGAGUUAUCCGCCCUGAGAGUCCGACAGAUGGAACAUGCGGCCAAGAAGGACGAGGGUGAGCAAGAUAAAGACCCAGCUAAUGAACUCCUUAACGCCCUAGCAAGGUAUCAGAUGCUUCUGCAGAGACUAGAAAACCACCAACGACACAGUAGCGUGCACCUUGAUCCGAAAUACAGCGACCUGACCAUUGUAUGUGGAGACGAGGAAUACACUGUGCACAAGUGCAUAGUUUGUCCGCGAUCAGCCUUCUUUGCCAAAGUCUGUGAUAGUGGGCUGCAGGUGAGACACCAAGGGAAUGAAACAAUACACCGGUGGCGUACAUCGGCUAAUUCAACCAAGGAAUCAUCAACAAACAGGAUCAAGCCACAAGAAGAGUCUAUUCUGGUCAAAGGGAUGAUCGAGUAUUUCUAUCACCUGGACUACGAGGUGCAACCUCACAGUCCAGAAACAGACAUCUUUAUCGGGCUAGACAAGCCGACAUCGGACACGGACACGGACACCACGGAGGCACCCAGUGAAUCAGCCGAAGACCCGGUGACUACGGUCGAUCCUCUAUCGGUACCCAUAUUGAUGUACUCGCUCGCAGACCGAGUGUUCACGGAAGGGCUGAAGGUGCUUUCAAAGGAAAAACUUGGGCAAGAGUUGGGCCGGCGACUGAACUCGAAGAUAUUCCCGCAUGCCAUCGCCCAGAUUUACAACUCAACACCAGCAAAUGACAGAGGUCUGCGAGACAUGGCCAUCAAAUUGACCAUGGAUAAUAUCAAGGAGUUGAGAGCAGCGCAAGUGGCACCCUCGACUUUCCCAGACAGCCUGGUGAGAUCCACCCCACAAUUUGCCUCUGACUUGGCCGUGGCAAUGAUGGAAAAGAUGGUGGCCGACUGGCAACACCGAGGAGUGCGUGGGACAAACUCGAACUCCGCGUAUUACUAG